AUUUUUUUUUUCAUCCAGCGAAGUUUGGGACCGGUACCUAGAGUUCGAAAGUCUCGUGGGUGACUUAGCAACGAUUCUAAAGGUGAACAAACGGCGGCAGUUGGCGCAUGUUUUGCGAUCGGGCACUGAACCCGUUGGAAAUUCUCCCGAGAAGACGUCGAAGUACAGACAUUACGAUUACGGCGAUGGUUACCCGCGACCAAAUCUUCACCAACUUAUACCGUUCAAGCCAAAGAUCAUUACCACAAGCAGCUAUCACCCGGUUCCAGGCGGUGUGUUCCCCCCUCCGCCGGCAGUGGCUCAUUUCAUGAGUUUGAUGCCGCCGCCUUACUCAUUCAACGGACCAUUCGUUAUCGUCGACCUGCUAAUCGAGAAGUUUACCGACAUGUCAUUGGGCGAUGAACUUCCGAGGCCAAACACCGAGCCUGAUGCCGUCGAAAACUCGGACUUUAGCAAUGAAAUCAAAAAAGACUUUUAUCAGCUUCUUUCGACAACUCCUGAUCCUACUCAGGUAAGCAACUGUUUGGCCUAUUUAUCUGCUGCAAGGGCAUAUGGCUCAAAGAUCGAAGUAACCGUUUGUUCAUGUAGAGGGCAAAUUUUAUUCAGUGUGUGCCAUUGUGCCAACCUGACGUAUGUUAUCAUUUUGUGCAUUUUUAUGCCACAUACUCCUGAUGAAAAAUUUUCCUUACUCAACAAUGCCUUAUGUGAUUUAUAUUUCAUGUUGAAAAGUGAAAACUCUUCAGCCAUUUCUUGACC